CAGACCCGACUACAAGGACACAGCCCCGCCCCACGCAGGGCCCAGACCCACCCACACAGGUACAGCCCCGCCCAUCAGGUCACCGCCCCGCCCACACAGAAUAUAGCCCCGCCCCUGGGACCCAGCCACGCCCACACCCGGAUUUCAGCCUUUCGGGGACUCCUGACUGAGGCACCACAAGCUGGCGUGGCUGUUACCAAGCAGAGGGGAUGGACGCCCUGGUUCGGCUACUUCCUGGAUGCCACCAUCAGGGCAAGUUAGUCUCUGUGUCUCUCUGGACAGACCACACACAGCCGGGCAUGGUCCUAGAGCUUAUUUUACACUUAGAUCCAUCUUAGUUUGGAAAAAUCCACUGGCGCUAGCAGCUGCGAUGGAUAAUGCACAGGAUCUGCUUCAGGGACUGGAAAGAUUUAAGACAGUAAAUAAAGAAGGAAACCAGUCCCACAGGGCGUGGUGGCUCUCGCCUGUAAUCCCAGAACUCAGGAGGCUGAAGCAAGAGGAUCCACUGAGAGUUCUGAAACCAGCCUGGGCUAUGGAGUGAGCUCAAGGGCAGCCUGAAUCAUAACAAGACCUUGGCUAAAACAACAAUGGAAAAAGCAGAAACAAAACAAAACAAAACAAAACCAGACCUAUCUCCCAAAGUCGGAGCCCAGCCUGGGCAAUUUAGUGCCUCAGUGAGACCCUGUCUCAAAAUAAUGAGUAAAAGCCAGAGUGUUGGGCCCGGCUCCCUCUGUCCUCUGGUCUGCAUGUCCCUCCCGGAUGUGGGUGCUGUCCUGCUGGUUCCAGGCUCACCUCGAGGAAACCUGAACCAUGCAAGAGCGGAGGCGGGCGACACUGACCCUCUCUUCACAGGAAGGGGGGUGACAAGCACCCCGCCCAGCCAGUGGCUGAAGGUCAAAGCAAGGGUGGAAGGUCAUGCACGGAUGCUAUUUAUAGGCCUGCUAGGCGAUUGUCCAGGGGUGAGGCUGACACCCAUGCUGCAGGAAUUGUUUCUGAAUCAAACACAGCAGAAGCCUCCCCGGCCCUUCUGGGAGAGAAGGGAAGGACUGGGACAAGAAAGACCCCAGGGCUUCAAUAAGAUUCUGAAAGUUGUUUCUCAAGGCAGCAAGCAGAAAUGGUGCUGGCUUGGUUUUACAGCCCCCGGAGUGAAACCCAGGGCCUUCCUAUGGGGCUACGUGCCUGGCCCUUUUUUUAUGUUUUUAUUCUGAGAUUUGAACUACCUCAGCCUCCCAGAGGGUGGCAUAAAAUGUGCAUGGCCCACAGCAGGCAGAACUCCAGCUUUGUUUGCUGGUUUAUGAUCCUAUCCCAGACCAGGCAGGACUGGCCCCGGUCUGCCCCCCUGCCUCCCCUCCUUUGGUCUAAGGAUGAGAUGGGUGGUGGGUGGGUUGUCAACUACAUAAUCUUUUUUUUUUUUAAUUUUUUUUUAUUACCGAAAAUACUCACUAAGAAACUACAUAAUCUUUGAAGCAUAAAUGAAACAUUUUUGCAGUGCUGGAGAUCAAACCCAGGGCUUCACACGUGCUACAAAAGCUUUCUACCACUGAGCAAACUCCCCAGCUCUGAAUUAAUUUUUAUGGUCUCUUUCAGUAUAUGUUUUAUCCAUUAAGUGUACUUGAAAAAUAGUGUAUGACAUAUAAAUCAUAUAUAAUAUAUAAAUAUAUUACACAUAAGAUAUAUACUGCGAUACAACAUGGAAUAUAUGUAUAGCAGUGCAUAGCAAUAUGUGGCAUAAAAAUGGGCUACAUAAUAUACUUUUAUAUAUGACAUAUAUUUACAUAUACUAUAUUGCGAUAUAUAGAUACUGAUGUGGGGAAAGACCUCACUGUAUAGUUCAGAAUAAUCUCUGGGGCUGGGGAUUUAGCUCAGCGGCAUAAGUGCCUGCCUUGCAAGCAGGCAGUCAUGAGUUCGAUCCCUGGUACCGAUAAAAAUGAAAAAAAAAAAAGAGAAUAAUCUCUUAACUCACUGUGUGGCCUUAACUCACAUGCUGGCCUCAAACUCACUGCAACGGCCCUGACUCAGCCUCCUGGGUACCAGGAUUAGAGGUGUGCACCACCAGCUACAAUUCUGUAAGAGAUGAUUUGUUUGGAUUGGAUAUUACAUGAUGCAAAAGUUAAAGAUAUUUAGAGGUUCUUCCACACAGGUGAUCUGGGCAGGAACAAUGAUUACUCUCCCUGAGCCCCUGAAGCUGGGGACCCUCAGCUGUGUCCCCCACGCCCACUCCACUCAGCCUGGAGGGCACAGAGGAAGGAGAGGGUCAUGGGAAGAAUGUGUGCCCCAGGCCUGGCCUGGCACCUCUUGGCCACACCUGUGGGCUGAGGUCACGCCGGGUGACCCCAAGGAUCGGUGUUGCUAAAUGGAGAGGUGCAAAGCUCCCUGGAUCACCAGUGAGCCUGGGGGGGGACCCAGGUGGCUGCUCUGCGUCCUGACCUUUGGGGCUGUGUGGGCUGGUGGCGGAGGACCUAGGGACAGCCCAGGUGUCCAGGCAAGGGACGGUGACCCUCAUGGUCUGAUUGCGCCCCUGUGGCCACAGCUCUGGGUCUCUGUGCCUCAGUUUCCCUGUGAGGGGCAUGCUGGGCAGAUGGCUUCCAGUCUCACAGGAGUAAAGACAGACAAAGAGGGUGUGGGGGAGUCCACAGCCCUCUGUGUAUUGCUGUGUGUCCCUCUGAGCGUGGACAGGAUCAAGCAAGUGCCUGAGAAAACCCAAAUCCUGUGGACAGAGCAGGAGCGGUUCAGGCUGGCGGGAUGUGGGUGCAGAUCGUGGCCCCUGGGAAGCGGUGGCAAGCACCCAUCAGGGGCUGCAGGUUGCUGGGGUGUGGGUGACAGGAGGGGACUCAGGACUGGGUGGGAGGCAUGCUCUUGUCACGGCUUCCCGCUCCAGAGCAGGGGCCAACCUGGACACCAGCUGUGGGGAGGAAAUGACCCAGAGCUGCCCAAAGGCUGCACCCGAAGAGGGCUCGGCCUGUAGCUGAGGGGACGGGGAGCCUCCCAAGCUGGGCAGGGAGCCGUUCCCGGGCCUGUGGCCUGCUUUUCCGCCCAAUGGCCACGGCCGGGGGCUGGCCUCAGAGGGCAUAUUAAUAGCAGGCUGUAGUAGUAGUGGAAACUCGAGCCCGCCAGCAGGGCAUGAGUCAGUCUGGCCCUGGCCCAACGCUGCCUGGCCCGCAGGGACACCACGGUCCUGCUCACUCAGAACCUCAGUUUCCGCAUCCAUGCGCCGGGAUAACCCCGACCCCGAAACCCAAAACAGGGCAGGGCACUGCUGGGGCACAGGGACUCCUUCCCCAGCGCCCCAGCUGUGGAGGGGCCAGCUGCGACCCUGGGGUUGUGGGGAGAAGCUAGGCUGGAACCCUGGGUUGGGGGGAGGCUGGGCUGGUACCUGGGGUCCAGGGAAGAGGCUGGGCCUGGACAAGGUCUGGGGAUGAGGAGGCCAGGCCAGAACCCGGGUAUGGGUUUGGGGGGCCCCGGGCCGGGACCCCAGGUCUUGGGGGUGAGGACGAGGCUAGGCCAGUACCCCUAGUCUGGAGGUGGGGAGGCAGGGCAGGGACCCUGGGUCUGGGGGUUUAGGGGGAGGCUGGGCCAGUACCCUUAGUCUAGAGGUGGGGAGGCAGGGCAGGGAUCCUGGGGCUGGCAGGGGGAGUCUUGGCCUGGACCCUGGGUCUGAGGGAAGCCGGUCUCGGUUCCCCAGAUGGAGGAGAAGGACUCCAGAGCAGUCCCUGGCCCCCGGCCGGCCGUGGUGGCCUCCACCCCCGAGGAAGCGGGAAGGCACGGAGCCCAGGCCUCUCCCUGAGAGCUGUGAAUGGGCUCCCUCCCCCCCAGCCCGUGUUCCGUCUCUCAGGCCCAGCCCUUGGGGGCUCAUAGCGCUCUGUCCCCUCUGUCCUGGGCCUGGCGCCCGGAGUCAGAGCUGGUCUAAGUUUGGAAGGGGGAAGGAGGGGGCUUGGUGAGCGGGUGUGGGGCACAGGAUGUCUCUGUCUCGGGCUGUCAUACGCACCUCUGCCUGGAGAGAGGGAGGGACAAAGGCUGGACAGCCAGAACAAAGAGAGCAGGAGGAGAGGCAGAGCCAGAGAGGACAGCAGGGGUCAGAGCCUAGGGACACCAGGGUGGCUCCAGCGAGAGUGUGGGACAGAGACCCACUGGAGAGGGAGGGUGGGGGGACAGGAACAGAGCAGGGACAGUGUCACACGAGAGAGACAAGAGAGACGGGGAUGGAGACAGGGACGUGAGAGACGGGGACGGAGACGGGGACCCUGGAGACAAGUCAGGAAGCAGGAAGCUAGGGGAGCAGAAAGCAGACUGGUGGGGGGGACGAGGCUAGAACAAGGCCACAGGACAGUGACACACGCAGAGGGUGACAGAGGAGGGUAGGGGCCGGCUGACCCCUCAGAGCAACUCCCAGUGAGGACCCAGCCUCAGGGCCCGGGUGCUGGCGGCCCCUUGGGGUCCCCACACCAAGGUCCCUGCCCAAGGGCCCCCCAACGCCUGGUGUCCCUGGGAUGGAGUCCAGGGUCCCUGAGACCCCUGAGGAUGGGGACCCAGAGGAGGACACUGCCACUGCCCUGCAGCGCCUGGUGGAGCUGACAGCCCCCCAGGUGACCCCGCUGCGCAGCCUACGGGUCCAGUACCGCCUGCUCCGGAAGCUGGGCUCGGGCUCCUAUGGCCGGGUGCUCCUGGCCCGGCCUCGCCACGGGGGCCCAGCCCUGGCCCUCAAGCUGCUCCGCCGCGACUCGGUCCCGAGAGCCAUCUUCCUGAGAGAAUUCUGCGUGGGCCGCUGUGUGUCCUCACACCCAGGCCUGCUGUGCACGCUGGGGUUCCCCCUGCAGACGCCCCGACACUUCGCCUUCACCCAGGAGUUUGCGCCCUGGGGAGACCUCAGCGGGCUGCUCCAGGAAAAGGGCCUCCCGGAGCCCACGGUGAAGCGCGUGGCGGCCCAGCUGGCUGGGGCCCUGGACUUUCUGCACAGCCGGGGGCUGGUGCAUGCAGAUGUCAAGCCGGACAAUGUGCUGGUCUUCGACCCUGCCUGCGGCCGUGUGGCCCUGGGUGACCUGGGUCUGACUAGGCCCGAGGGCAGCCCAGUCCCUGCACCCCCGGCCCCACUGCCCACUGCACCACCUGAGCUCUGCCUGCUGCUACCACCAGCCACCCUGCCCCUGCGGCCAGCCAUGGACUCUUGGGGCCUGGGCGUGCUGCUCUUCUGUGCCGCCACCGCCUCCUUUCCAUGGGGUGUGCCGCUGGCCCCUGACCCUGAGUUUGAGGCCUUUGCCGGCUGGAUGACCACCAGGCCCCAGCCCCCUCGGCCACCUGCGCCUUGGGACCACUUUGCACCUCCAGCGCUGGCCCUGCUCCAGGGACUCCUGGACCUGGACCCCGACAGCAGGAGCCCCCCGAUAGCCAUCCUAGAUGUGCUGGGAGAAGACUGGGGCUUGGAGGCCAAUGCAGAGGAUCCUGGGGGCUUGGGGAGCAAGGCCUGGGAGGACGGGGAGGAGUGGGACACAGGGGAGUCGAGCUUGGAGGAGGCAACAGAUGAGGGCGAGGAAGAAGCCAUAGGUGGCGGGAAGUCGGGAACAGAUGGCCAAGCUCCCUGGCCAGGUGACUGAGACAGGUGGCCAAGGCCUGGGCCAAACGCCCCUCCCCCAGCCCUGUGGCCACCUGGAGGGAAAGACAGCUGUUCCGGAAGCACAGGGGGGACACAGAGCACCUCCCCAUAAUGAAGGCCAGGCUUCAACAUGGGACUCCCCCAAACUAGGGUCCCACACCCUUGCUGUCCCCUCUGACCAGCCUGUGUCCCCCUGAGGAAACUCCUGGCCCCCUGGGCACACAUCUUGUUAUCACAGGGCCACAUCUGGGGCUCACCUAGCACUUCUGGCAGGAUCCCCACUUCCUCUAGGACCCUGCAAGUCUCCUCCUUGUACAGCACAAACUCAGCUCUGGGCUCCGCUCCACCUCUGGUGGUGGUAUGGGAAUCUUCACCCCUGCUGGACCUUACACACGUGCACACACACCCAGUGCCACAGGCCCACAUCUGCACACCCCACCUCCACCUACAGGGCCAGGAGCAGGCAGCCGGCCUCGGCCCCAUUGGGUCUCCACUUCAGUGGGGCCCCUCUGCCCGCCCCACUCCUCAGCCGCCUGUCUCAGUGGCUCCAGGCUGCCUGCUUUCUCUCCCUCUCUCACCCCUGCUGGGUGCUGCUCCAGCAAAGGCCCCACUCUGUUGCUCCGCUCCUCCAGCACCCCUAGCCCAGACGGCCAACACCUGCAGCCCUGUCUGUGCCUCAGCACUUGGUGCCUGGAGUCACCUGCAGCACCAGGCCAGGAUGCCCUGUCCUUUGGUAGCCACAACCAGCAGAGAGCUGGGCCAGGAAGCUGACCCUCCCUGGAGCUCACACUUUCCUCACUGAAAAGUGGGUUCCUCGGGGAAGGUGGUGCACACCGGUCAUCUCAGCCCUCUGGGAGGCUGAGGCAGGAGGAUCACAAGUUCAAGUGCCAUCUAGGCAACUAGGCAAGACCUCGUCUCAAAAAAUGCAAAGAAGUGCUGGGGAUGCAGCUCAGGGAGAUCCUGGGUUUGAUCCUCAAUACCACAGAAAUAAAUGAAUAAAUGACCAA